AUGUCGUUCGUCUCGGUUCACGCCCUUCAGGCAGGAUACUUGACUUUGCCAGAGCGUUUCUUUGUCACGCCCCUGGAAGAUACCUCGGCACGAACAACGGUCCCCUCUCUUUCAUUCUUGAUCCAGCAUACGGACCAACAGUCGGGAAAAACCACGAGGAUCGUAUUCGAUCUCGGCAUCCGGCGGAAGCUCGAGGAUUAUGCCCCGCCCAUAUUCAAGCAUGCCCAGACCCGACAACCACUUUCCGGUGACCCAGACACAAUCAAGUCACUCUCGGAUGGUGGUCUAGGGCCUGACGAUAUCGACGUCGUCAUGUUCAGCCAUCUCCACUGGGACCAUGUCGGAACGCCUUCUGACUACCCCAACUCAACAUAUGUCGUCGGGCCGGGAGCAGCAAAGCUCAUCAACGGCAAGGGAGAGACCAGUGCGGGAAGUCAUAAUCACUUCGAGCAGGGUAUGCUGGACAUGAAGAGGACGAUAGAGCUACCGUCAACGGGUCUACCAGCGACUCCUCCGCCGAUGGAGGAACAGACGAUCUUGACAACCCAAACCGAGCGGCUGACCGGCUAUUUCUCACAGCCUUGGCACCGAAAGGGUCGCUUUGAAGCUGCUAUGGACGUCUUCGGUGACGGAAGUGUCCAUGUCGUCUCCGCACCAGGACACAUUGACGGCCACAUUAACCUCCUGUGUCGACUGGAGAGUGGUAAGCACGUCUACCUGGCCGGGGACUCGUGUCACGAUCGGCGACUCCUGACUGGAGAGAAGGACGUGGCCACUUGGAACGACGUGGCAUACCCAGGGGUGGUCUGCUGUAUUCACCAGGACAAGGCUCAAGCCGAGAAGACUCUUCGCAUCAUUAGAGAGACGAUUCGAGAUCCUGGAGAUAUGAAGGAAGUCGAGGUUGUUUUUGCACAUGAUGGAGCUUGGGAAAAACAAGCGCAGAGUGAGGGUCGGUUCUUUCCAGGUGCUCUCUGA